UGGUGGGGGACAUUUUGGCGAAACUAAAAAGAAUAGCCACACACUUCAACCAUUCAGUGGUAGCACAACAACGACUCUGUUAUUCAGCAAGAGGUUGGUGUUCCUAACCAUUCCAUUAUCCAGGCAGUGCAAACCAGGUGGAACUCCACACUGCAUAUGAUUGCCAGGAUGAUUGAGCAAAAGAGAGCAAUCACAGCCUAUUCUAGUGACCACAGCAAUUGUGUAUGUCCAAGUGCAGAGGAGUGGGAUGUGGCAGCAAACCUGGCGGAGACCCUGACACCAAUGGAAGAUAUAACACUUGAAAUGAGCAAGGCCGAUUCCUCUGCUUCCUGCAUUAUAGCAGUGCUGAAGUGUCUGCUCGAGUCAGAGGGACCAAACAGCAGAGGAAUCAAGACUCUAAGAAAGACCAUGCUGGAGAGCCUGGAGAAAAGGUUCUCUAAGGUGAAAGAGGCAAAAGAGGUGGUGCUCGCAUGUCUGCUCGAUCCACGCUACAAGGAGCGGCCCUUGUCACCAGAGACACUAGGUCAAGCCAAAGCCUGGGUAAUGGAAGAAGCACAGAGGAAUCCACCAGAAACACAAGGAGACACUGCCUGGGAAGAAGAGGGAGAUCCAAAACGACAGAGAGUGGAGGAGGGACGGGCCCACAGUGUUCUAGACAGUCUGUAUGACAGCAUGCUCUCUUCAACCACUCAGGACGAGGAACCAGAGGAGAUCAUUGAAGAGCUGGAACGGUAUAUGAGGGAGCCUGUCAUAGACCGGAAAAAGGGGAACCCACUGGAGUGGUGGAAGAGCAACGGUUUCCGCUUCAAGGGACUGUCAGGCCUGGCCAGGAGAUACCUUUGCUGUCCACCUUCCUCUGUGCCUAGUGAGAGGGUGUUCAGUACCAUUGGCAACAUUUAUGAGGAGAAGCGCAGCUCCCUCAAGGGAGAGAAUGCUGAAAAGCUGUGCUUCCUGCACUACAACGUGCCUCUGCUGAAGUGGCAAUAUUAAGGAUUCUAUGACCUGCCCCACACAAUUGUUACCUCGUUAAUAUAGUUAUUUUAUACUAUUAUUGAUUUGUUUUCAAAGAUGUUGUGUAUAGUUACAAAAAAGUUCUUCUUGCUGCACUUUAUGUCAAAAGAUUGUUGUGCAAAAUGUUAAUAUGCUGCUUGCCCAACACGUUACCUCGUUCCGAUAGUUAUUUUAUAUUAUUAUUGAUUUGUUUUCAAAGAUGUUGUGUAUAGUUACAAAAAAGUUCUUCUUGCUGCACUUUAUGUCAAAAGAUUGUUGCGCAAAAUGUAAAUAUGCUGCUUGCCCAACACGUUACCUCGUUCCU